CACCCAAGCUCCUCGCCUGGCUAAACUCCUCCGGAGCGUGCAGGUAUCGAAGUGAUUACUAGCUAGAGUUCUCCUUCUACUGAAUUGGAUAUACACAUUCUUUGGUUCUACUCUAAAGUCGCAUUCGUGCGCACUCUUCAGCAAACAUGGCGGCCAACAAGCAGGGCAAGAUGGUGAAUCAACUACCGGAUGAGGGUCACCCUGAAUGAUGGACGACAGAUGACGGGUCAGAUGCUCGCUUUCGACAAACACAUGAACCUAGUGCUAGCCGAUACGGAAGAAUUCCGUCGCGUUAAGCGGAAAGCGAAGUCGGCACCCGGAAACGCGCCCCUUGUCGAAGCCGAAGAGAAACGAACCCUUGGUCUUACAAUUGUCCGCGGUACUCACGUCGUUUCUUGCUCUGUCGAUGGACCUCCCCCGGCCGAUCCCUCAGCACGGCUUGGAGGCGGUCCGAGUGUUCCCGCCGCUGCCACCCUGGCCGCCGGCCCUGGAAUAAGCAAACCCGCUGGACGUGGUCUGCCUGUCGGACUUGGAGGACCUGCUGCUGGUGUCGGUGGACCGCCGCCUCCAGGCGGUUUCCCCGGAUUUCCUCCUGGUGGUUUCCCUGGUGCCCCCCCACCGGGCUUUGCUGGACGCGGAGGCCCUGGAGGACCUCCCGGGUUCGCUCCUCCUCCCGGAUUUGGUGCUCCUCAAGCUCCUGGCGGUUUCCAGCCUCCACCUGGCUUCCAGCCUCCUAGUCAGGGUCGGGGUUAUCCUCCUCCAGGCUUUGGAGGACGGUGA